AGGAUUGUCAGAUGUUAUUUCGCCGCUGUCUCGGCACAUAAUUGUGUGAACGAACGGAUUAUUGUCGAGGAUCGGGAUGCCGGUAAUGAAAUGACGUGCACAAUCAACGUGAUCGAGUAACGCGAUGAGAGAACGAUGAUCUCAGCGUGUGGUUUAUCCCGUCUAUGUCGAUAACGAGUGAAUGUAAAUUCGCGCGUUCCGAUCUAAAUCAGGUUAGAUUCACGAGAUAGUUUGCAGUUCCGCACCUUUAAUCCUGCGAAAUAAAAUCAUGUCGUUUCAUUCGGAGAAGAAAAAGGUGGAAACCAACAGGGUAAACGAGCUGGACAUCACAUCAGACUUUACUCGUCUCAAGGUAUCUGUAUUAGAAAAGGCGUCGCGUAUAUCAGCAACUACGAAAGUGGAUCGUAUCACGAUCGGGCCUCAAUCGACGCUGUAUGAAGAAGAUUCUAACAAAGCAGACAACAUUGAGAAUGAGCAAAAUUCCUGUAACAUUAAAAGUCCACAGAGGGCUGUUACCAGUCCCAAACACAACAUGGUGGCCACUUCAAACGGCAUUCAUUUCUCAGUCAAUAAGAUUGAUGCAGAGAGUGAGCUGCAAAGAAAAGAAGAAGUCCGGAAAGUAAUAGAUCGUCGCAUUCAGAAUAUGAACGAGAAUGCUCGUGUCAUUCAGGAACAAAUGGCAAAUUCGCGCUCAUCGAUGGCACGUGAACGCGAACGCCGGAGUGAAGAAAAGUUGGCGUACUUCUUAGCUGAAGAGGAACGGUUGGCGGAGCAGGAAGAGAUCAAGAGGCGACAUGAGCAACAAUUGCAAGCACAACGCGCUCAAGAGCAAAAAGAAAAGCUUGAACGAGAGAUGGAGGAAUAUCGAAGAAGAAUGAAAGAAAAAGAACUGAUAAAGACUGUAUCAGUCCAUCGGGACCAGUUCACGGCCAAGUACUGUGACCUCGUGGCAUUAUCCAAGACCUGCAAAGACCAGCAAGCGUUCAGUGCGCUGUUUACCGCACAUAAUGCGACGAUAAGAGAUGUGUUCCAACAAAUUGAAGCUAUAGACGAGAAAAUCAGAAAUGGAGAAUUGGUAGCUGCAGAUGAAAAUCUUAUUGAGGAUUUGGUUUGCCACUUCAGUGAUAUAUUAAAUGUAUUUCGUACAGAAACAGAAAAAAUAAACGUUCAAUAUGAAGCGGAAUUGGCUCGAAAAGCGCAAGCUGCAAGUUUGAUACAGCCAGUUGAAGAGACAGACAAUGUUCCAGUUAUUAAUGCAAUGCCUUAUCAACAACCAGAUGAGAGCAAUGUUGUGGAAAACAAGGAAGACGAUAUUUCCAAUGUGAUAACAAAUCAAGAAGUAGUUACAUCAGUUAACGAAGUAGUCGCACCGUCUGUAUCUGAUCCUCAGUUAGAAGAAACGACUAAAAAUCCUGCAUGUAAAAAAGAUCCCUUUGAGUAUGUCGACCAAGAAUCGUUCCAGAUUUACAUCAGAAGCCAUCAAUUCUUGAAGCAUUACAGAGAAACUUGCAAAGACUUUUUACAAUCGCCUGCAACAAAAAAAUUUCGAUUCGAGUGUCAAAAGGCGAUUAAUAUCCCUGUAAACGCGAUUUCUGGUGUAAGCGAGCAACACUUGAGAGACAAAUAUGACAGGCUGCAAAAUCUUUUGACUGGAAAGUUGUUAUCUAAUGUGACACAUCAUCCACAAGGAGUAAUUUUCUGUAAAAACCAUCUGGCGAAAAAGAUAGUCAGCCAAGGCGAGACUUUGGUGUCUAGCAAACCAGAAAUGGCAUUCCCUGUAGCAAUGAUUGUUGUGGCUCUUUGGAACGAGCAUCCAGACUUUGGCGAACUAUUUCUGGCGCAUCUUCACGAGGCGUGUCCGUUCACCAUACCAGUUUUUCUACAGCAACAAGAGGGUCAGUCCAAUGAGGAUUAUUACAAAUCUCUUGGCUGCAAAUAUUCUGAAGAUGGCACCGUCGAAAAGCAAGACAAAUUCCUGAAGAGGAUGUCGGGAUUGAUCAGAUUGUAUGCGUCGAUUACCGUUACGAAACAACGAAAGAAACCACGAGCCGAUAUUUGUGAUUUGUGUGCGACUUUAAUACUGGAUAUGCUCGAGGUCGCCGGUAAUGUGCUGUGGACCGCUUACCCCAAGCAGUUUUAUAAGUUGCUGACGCUGUUGAUGGAACAGUAUUUUCCGCGAAUGCAUCAUGUCGCGGGCGGUGGUGGCGGGCCUCUAGUACGGUUGGAGGAGUUUCUAAACAACGCCCUGUCAACUGGCAUUAUACGUCUCGCCGAUGGAAUGCUUCCGCCAAACUUUUUGUGA